AUGAUAAGAAAUUCGUCGUUGACCUCCGUUUCUCCAUCUUCGAAUCACUCGGAAUAUUGUAGGAAUAAAUAUAAAUCGAAAGAACCAACUGUAAAAAAUAAGGGAAAUUGUGGCUUCCUGGUUUUUCAAGCGACAUACACGAAAUACACUGAAAAGCAUCUUUGGUUCUUGAAGAUGCAGUUAGAAAUAUUUACAUUGUUGUUGCAUUUUGUGCUGGUAUUAGUAAUAGCACUUUUGUACACGCGAAUAAGUAAGGAGGAAGGUGAAUGGAUAUCUACAACGAGUCUCUUCGUCGCUACCGGAUGUUACGGUGAUGUCUGA